AUGCAGCCAUUUGUGACUCGUCUCGCUUUGCGCGCACCGCGCAGCGGCCUUAGACAAGCUCGCGGCUUGUCCACCGUCGCAAAGGCAGCUGCUCCUGCUGGUGAGUAGAAGCGGCGCGGAUUUUAGUCGGGCAGUGUUCCACGAACAAGGGGAACCGCUUCGUCUCAGCCGCUAUAAUGUGGGAACCAGAAUUUCAUGUGCGGCGCUGAAGAGCUUGGCUGACAGGUCUAGAUUACCCCCUCUGCUUUAGCUCGCCCCGCUCUCAGUCAAGCGACUCGUGCAGCCGCAGCCGCUCCUGCCAUCCCCAAGAUCGCCUCCGCUGUCCAAAGUGAGUACCUCUUUGUGUGCCCGCCCUGAUUUGUGAAUAUAGGAAGGCUGGAAAGCGGGGUGACAUGGUGUUGUUAUGAUCAUGGGCUGCUUUCGCUAGCCUCUGGAAGCAUCUUGCUCCAUCAGAGUCCCCGUGCACAGCGUCGAGUAUAUCAUGAUGCAAAGACUUACCCAUGCUGCCCCUCUGGUUUCCACAGCCCGAGGCAUGGCCAAGACUCCAGAUGCAUCCUCCGGCAAGGGCCAAACUGGUCAAGUCAAGGUGGGUAAUCUCAUUGAGGAAAGACAUCAACGCACACACUGACCGACACACUUCAUUGCACGAACAACAGGCCGUCAUUGGUGCCGUCGUCGACGUCUCCUUUGACAGCGACGAGCUUCCCGCUAUUCUCAACGCUCUCGACGUUCAGGAUGUCAUUGGUGGCCACCGCCUUGUGCUCGAAGUCGCGCAGCACCUGGGAGAGAACACUGUCCGCGUGCGUAAGCGUAGAGCAAACGAGCUGUGCACACGACUGCAGCGCUGACUCAGCCUACCCUGAAUGAAUCGACAGUGCAUCGCCAUGGACGGUACGGAGGGUCUGGUCCGUGGCCAAAAGGUCAUUGACACUGGUCUCCCCAUUCAGAUUCCUGUCGGACCUGGAACGCUCGGCCGUAUCAUCAACGUCAUUGGUGAGGGUAUUGACGAGCGUGGCCCUGUCAAGGGAGCCAAGCUCUCGCCCAUCCACGCCGAGCCUCCCGAGUUCAUCGAGCAGUCCACCGAGGCCGAAGUCCUGGAGACUGGUAUCAAGGUCGUCGACCUUCUCGCUCCUUACGCUCGUGGUGGAAAGAUUGGUCUCUUCGGUGGUGCCGGUGUCGGCAAGACUGUGAGUGACGAGCUGCACUGGUUGCGCGACCUCGACAUCCCGCUGACGAUCAGGUACGCCCAUCUCGCAGGUGCUCAUUCAAGAGCUCAUCAACAACAUCGCCAAGGCACACGGUGGUGUCUCCGUAUUCACUGGUGUCGGAGAGCGUACUCGUGAGGGUAAUGACUUGUACCACGAAAUGAUCGAGACUGGUGUCAUCAACCUGGAGGGCGAGUCCAAGGUGGCGCUCGUGUUCGGUCAGAUGAACGAACCUCCUGGUGCACGUGCCCGUGUCGCCUUGACCGGUCUUACCAUCGCAGAGUACUUCCGUGACGAGGAGGGUCAAGAUGUGCUGCUCUUCAUCGACAACAUUUUCCGUUUCACCCAGGCUGGUUCAGAGACCUCGGCCUUGCUCGGUCGUAUCCCCUCGGCCGUCGGUUACCAGCCCACCCUCUCCACGGACAUGGGUGGUAUGCAAGAGCGUAUUACCACCACCAAGAAGGGCUCGAUCACCUCCGUGCAAGCCGUCUAUGUGCCUGCCGAUGACUUGACGGACCCUGCUCCCGCCACCACCUUCGCCCACUUGGACGCCACCACCUCGUUGUCUCGUGGUAUCGCCGAGCUGGGUAUCUACCCCGCUGUCGACCCUCUGGACAGCAAGUCUCGUAUGCUUGACCCCUCCAUCGUUGGACGUGAGCACUACGACGUCGCCACUGGUGUGCAAAAGAUCCUGCAAGACUACAAGUCUCUGCAAGACAUCAUCGCUAUUCUGGGUAUGGACGAGUUGUCCGAGCAAGACAAGCUCGUCGUCGAGCGUGCUCGUAAGAUUCAACGUUUCCUCAGCCAGCCGUUCGCCGUCGCAUCCGUCUUCACUGGUAUCGAGGGCAAGCUUGUGCCUUUGAAGGACAGCGUGCGAUCUUGCAAGGAGAUUCUCGAGGGCAAGCACGACAACUUGCCAGAGGGUGCUUUCUACAUGGUCGGCGCCAUCGAGGACGUCAUUGCCAAGGCUGAGCAGAUGGCCAAGGAGAACUAA